AUGGUUGGUUCGACCUCCUUCGCCGCAGAGGCGUUUACACUGCUCUCUAUUGGCAUUUCGGUCAUUGGCCUGCGAACGUUUGCGAGAAUCCGACAAGUCGGCGUGAGGAACUUUGAGGCCGACGAUUACCUCAUGCUGUUAGCGAUUAUCCCGUAUACGAUCGAGACGGCGCUUGCGUAUACUGUUGGAGCAAAGUAUUAUGGAUUGACGAACAGUGGCAUGACGGAUGAAGAGCGUAAGGCUCUAUCGCGGGACAGUGAGGAAUUUAGAUGGAGGGUUGGGGGAUCCAAGAUCCAGAUCGCUGGAUGGAUAACGUAUUCAACGUGUCUUUGGGUCAUCAAGAGUGCGCUAUGCGCUUUCUACUUCCGACUCACGGCUGGACUUACCGGGUACAAAAUUCGGAUCUACAUCGGCUUCGGCUUCAUCGCCUCGACCUACAUCGCCAUUCUAUGCUGUAUUCUCUUCAGCUGCCAGCCAUUUAACCGCUUUUGGCAAAUAUACCCUGACCCAGGCAACUUCUGCCACCCCGCGCUAUCCAAACUUUACAUCUUCAUCAUUGUCAGCCUCAACAUCCUGACCGACGUUUACUUGCUAGCUAUUCCUGUCCCCAUGCUUUGGGGCGCUCGUAUACCUAAGGUGAAGAAGUAUGGAUUACUUGUGCUGUUCUCUGGCGCCGUAUUUGUGAUGGUUGCUGGCUUACUUCGAUGUAUCCUCAUCCUCAAGAACCCCAAGACGGGCCCAGAAGAGGGCGCAAGUUGGGCGGUACGAGAAUCCUUCGUUGCCGUUGUGACAGCCAACCUUCCUAGUACAUGGGGAUGGAUGCGUCAAAAGCUCAAACCUAUCUUUGGCUCGCUUCUCUCGUCCAACAACGCCAGCUCAAAGUACAAAGGCGGUCCCGAACCGGGAAGUAUCAUGCUCGCCGACGGAAAUGGAUCAAACUGGAAGAGAAGUAACGGAAGGUCUAUCAGAUCAACGACGGGGCUUGGAAGUGUGAAUGAUCGGAAUAUCUACAUUCACGGAGGAAUUGGUGAGGCUAGCUCGGACGAGAUCAUCCCCCCGAUGCCACUGGGGAUUACAAAGGAAGUCGAGUUUACGGUUGAGGAAUCAGAUGCAAGAAAAUAA